AAUUUCCCUUUUCUUUCAAUUUAUUUCCACGUUUGUUAUAAUGGCCACCCCUCAUAUAGCCUUUACGUCGAUGGCCAGAGGCUUGUUCCCCCCUUUAGCUCUUCCAUUUCCUGGACAAAGGUACCUCCAAAGUCUUUUGCUAUAUCCUCAACAAAAAAUAUGCCUUUCAUUGCUUUUCCUUCCCCUUUUUCACUUUCCAAACAUUUUUUGCCUGGUUUCCUGUCCCUUGCACUUGGCCAUUUUGUUGUUUCUCCUUUUUGCUAUUUUUUAGUUAUUCCCUUGCUGCUCUUUAUAUUUAUCCAUCUCCACAAAUGCACACAUCCAUCGCUCAAAUGCCCUCCUAUUAUUCCAUCGUUCGGUCAAGAGCAGCAAUAUAUAGCAUGCCUUAACAUCCCUCCCCAACCAUCUGUUUAA